AUGGGCAUUCGAACUGUUGCUGUCUAUUCGGAUCUAGACGUGAAUGCAUUGCAUGUGCAAAUGGCGGAUGAAGCGGUGCACAUUGGCGGUGGGCAAGCUGCAGAUUCGUAUUUAUCCAUUCCCCACAUUCUGGAAGCAGUUCGACAAACAGGGGCGCAGGCCGUGCACCCGGGAUACGGAUUUCUAAGCGAAAAUCCUGCCUUUGUGGAAACCUUGGAGAAAGAAGGAGUAACCUUUGUGGGACCGACAGCUAAAGCGAUCGCAGCCAUGGGUGAUAAAAUUCAAAGCAAGCUUCUGGCCAAAUCCAGCAAGGUGCAUUGUAUCCCUGGCUUUGACGGUCAAAUUCACUCGGUAGCCGAAGCGGCCAAAGUGGCUCACGAAAUUGGUUAUCCCGUCAUGAUCAAAGCUAGUGCUGGUGGAGGGGGCAAAGGCAUGCGUAUUGCAUGGAACGACAGCGAGCUUGCUGACGGGUUCAAGUUGGCUAAGCAAGAAUCUCGAUCGGCAUUUGGCGAUGAUCGACUGCUCAUUGAAAAGUACAUUGACAAUCCGCGCCAUAUUGAAGUGCAGGUGCUAGGAGACAAGUUUGGAAACGUGAUCUAUUUACCGGAACGUGAAUGUUCGAUUCAGCGGAGAAAUCAAAAGGUGAUUGAGGAAUCACCCAGUGUUUAUGUUGAUGAAGAAACCAGACGCCGCAUGGGUGAGCAAGCGGUAGCGCUGGCAAAACAUGUCGGGUACAACUCGGCAGGCACGGUUGAGUUUUUGAUGGAUUCAUCUCGCAACUUUUAUUUUUUGGAAAUGAAUACGCGAUUGCAAGUCGAGCAUCCGGUUACUGAAAACGUCACGCAGUUGGAUCUCGUGGAACACAUGCUGUAUUCUGCUGCGGGGUAUCCUUUAAAGCUUCAGCAAUCCGAUAUAAAGAUUCAUGGCUGGUCCAUUGAAUCUCGCGUGUAUGCCGAAGAUCCGCAAAAAUAUCUACCUUCUGUCGGUCGUUUGCUGACGUAUCAAGAGCCAUCCACGCUUGCGCGAUGCGAUUCCGGGUUUGUUGAAGGGUCCGAAAUCUAUGUGGAAUACGAUCCUCUGAUUUGCAAAGUGGUUACCCAUGGAGACUCCCGACAAGAAGCGGUCGAUUCCAUGAUUCGCGCUUUGGACGAAUAUGUGAUUCAAGGCGUUACACACAACAUCCCUCUCUUGCGAAGCGUGCUCGCUCAUCCUCGAUUCCAGAAAGGCACCCACAUCACCACUCACUUUUUGGCCGAAGAAUACCCAAACGGUUACACAACAGCGCCCAUGUCCAAAGAAGCUGUUUUUGAACUUGCUGCUGCAAGCAGUGCAUUGUGGGCGAUCCAACAACGAAAGCGAUUCACUUCAGGGCACGCAUCUUUGAACGCAUGGGAUGUCUGGGUUCGCUCAACAGAUGAACAAUCCAACAAGACCAGGAAAACCAAACUCACCCUUUGCUAUUUACCCGACGGUCGUUUCGAGGUAAAGUUCGGUCAAUAUGUCGUCUUGUGCUUCUCGACUCAAUGGCAUGAAAAUGAUUUAUUGGCCUAUUCAUCCUUUGAUAAUGACCGAAAAUCCGUCAUGCAGUAUUUGGAUGUGCUGGACUUUGGAUUCAGAAUACAGUAUCAAGGCACCAAGGUAUGUUUUACGAUCGACGAAGAAAACAAACUAAUGAUAAGCCCAAUGCCGGGACGCAUUAUCAGUAUAGCGGUUAAAGAAGGAGACGAGGUGAUCAAGGGUGGAGAGUUGGCGGUGGUGGAGGCCAUGAAAAUGCAAAAUAUCCUACGCACUUCACAGAUUGGCAUUGUCAAGUCGGUCCACUUUGGUCACACUCUCAAGACGUCUCUGAACCCGGAGUGGACAACCCACUAUGUUGCGUACGACGACCUCAAAUGGCUGUUAAAGCGCGAGAAUGCUCACGGUGAAUGGACGGAAGAAAGCGAGUCUAAGUUUGUGGAAAAGUUGGAACAAGAACUUGACAAGGUCUACAGUUUUCAACGGAUUAAAUUGGAAGAAAUCAACCAACGUAUCGAAAACGAAGCGCGGGAAGUCGAUACAUUAUGUCAGAAAGAAAAUCCCGACGAGGACGAGUUUACAGCUUCCGAACUUGAAUUAGGUCACAUUAUUGCUGAUGUGCAUGAUUUGGCCAAAUUCAGCCGUCUCAACUAUACCGGAUUCUUGAAAAUCAUUAAAAAGCAUGAUAAAAUGACACGAUGGACUUUGAAACCAAUGUUCAAUGUACGACUGAACGCCAAACCAUUCUACAAAGAGAAUUACGACGCCUUGAUUGUAAGAAUUUCCACAUUAUAUGAUCGCGUGCGAACGCGAGGUAAAGAACGUGGCGGUGAUGCAGCCGCCGGUGGCAAACAAGCUGCAUUUGUUCGCAACACCACCAAAUACUGGGUGCAUCCUGAUAACAUUACCGAGCUGAAGCUGAUUAUCCUGAAACAUUUGCCUGUGCUUGUCUUUAACCCAAAUAAGGAGUUUGAAUCUCAGGAUUCCGCCAUCACCAGUGUUUAUUUCGACAAUGACGAUUUCGAGUUAUACAUGGGACGAUUGGAGAAAACCGAAGGCGCUCAGGCUAUUCGUAUGCGAUGGUAUGGCGGUAUGGACAACAACAAUAUCUUUGUCGAGCGCAAGACCCAUCGCGAGGAUUGGACCGGUGAAAAAUCCGUCAAGGCUCGAUUUCCAAUCAAGGAAAAGUACUUGAAUGCUUUUCUCAAGGGCGAAUAUACCACUGAUGAAUUGUUUGCCAAAGCCCGAGAACAAGGCAAAAAAUCCGAAAAAGAGCUUCAGGAACUGGAAGAUCUGGCGCAACAAGUGCAAUAUACCGUGCUCACAAAACGAUUACAUCCGAUGAUGCGCACCUUUUACAAUCGUACAGCGUUCCAGUUGCCGGGAGAUGCUCGUGUACGUAUCAGUUUGGAUACGGAAUUAUCUCUGAUUCGCGAAGAUAAUAUGGACGGACGCGUGCGUGCAGGAAAUAACUGGCGUCGCAUGGACAUUGGUGUCGAUUACCCGUUCAAACAACUCCCCGAAGGCGACAUUUGUCGAUUCCCCUACGCUGUUCUGGAAGUCAAACUUCAGACCCACGUCGGACAAGAGCCACCGCAAUGGAUCAUGGAACUCGUCAACUCGCAUCUUGUGGAAUCGGUGCCAAAAUUCUCUAAAUUUAUCCACGGUUGCGCCACUUUAUUGGAAGAUAAGAUCAAUGUGUUGCCAUUCUGGCUUCCUCAAAUGGAUAUCGAUAUUCGUAAACCGCCUUCCAAAUCAUUUGGCUUGUCGCGUCCCGAUGGUGUGGGUAUCAAUGUCCCGGAUGAAGACGAUGACAACGAAACAAAGGGUGACGGUAGCAAGCUCACGACGGAUGAAGAUGUGCGCAUUCGUAUGGCCGAUGCUACAGAAACCACUCCUUUAGUGGAACACGAUGAAGAGCAGGGUACCUCGUCCACGCCGCGACGUCUACUCAAAGAACUUUCGCCUGCUGGUCUGAGUACAUUGUUCAAAAAGUCCAAGACCACGUUCCGCCGACGAGGCAGAGAUAGCGCAAGUAGCGGUGCCGGUGCCGGUCGCGCCCGUGCCAGCAUUCCUCAGAAAGCGCCGCCUGUCAAGACGUACUUUGCGAAUGAGCGUACCUUUUUACAGUGGAUUAAAUUUACGCUCUUGCUGGGUGGAUUAGCGAUGGGAUUACUGAACUUUUCGGACCGGAUAGGACGCAUUUCCGCCUGUCUUUUCACGGCGCUUUCCAUGGGCGUGAUGAUUUAUGCUCUAUACAACUAUCAUGACAGAAGCAGUCGCGUAGAACGCAACGAACCGGGAGAAUAUUCAGAUAAAUAUGGACCCGCCGUGUUGACAAUUUUUCUCGUCAUCGCCGUGUCCAUUAACUUUUACCGUAAGUAA